AUGGACACUGUUAGUUUGGAUGAUUUAACCAGAAUUGAGCCGCCUGAAAAACCUCCCAGUUUAGAACAAUUACAACAAUUGACAGGAAAUCGUUUUUCUUUGAGAUGGCUCAAAUAUACCUACAAUCGAUUUAAAAAUGUAUCGAAAAAAAAUUUUUUUAAUAAAUUAAUCUUUCCAAUUUUUAAAAAGGAAUGCCCAACUGGAAGAAUGCACUUUACAGAAUUUCGACGUCUUUUUGGAGGAUUCCUUCCUGAUAGAUUGAACGACAACUAUUUGGAACGAGUGUUUCAUGCUUUUUGCCGAACUCAUCAAGAACAAUUGUCGUUUAAAGAUAUGGUUGUAACUUUAUCUAAAAUUUGUGAUGAAAGUCCAGAAUCUAAUGCUGAAUGGAUUAUGAGAUUAAUUAAUAGAAAUGUUAAUAAUAAUGGACAAAUUAGUUAUAAAGCAUUACUAGCAUCGGCCGUAACAACACCUACAGCAGCCCCAGCAAUUGCUAGUUUUGUUCCUUUUGUUGGCAAUUCAAAAAGAGAAUCCUCUUCUCCUGAUCAUGAAUUUAGUAGGGCAAUAAACAGAAGGGCAUUCUUUCUGUUUGAGGUUAGUUCAAAAACAAGUUUAUUUAACAUGUUCGAAACUAAGUUUAUUUAA